AUGUUAUUUUCUGUAAUUAAAUUAAUAAUGAUCAAAAUAUUUACUAAAGUACCAUUACUUGGAUCAUAUAUGAAAUUACGUGCCCGACAAAUUGAUAUUGUCGAUACAGUUGAACAAUGUGAACAGAUAGCAGUGAAAUUUGAACAAUCAACCACUUACUUGCCAAUUCUGGGACUAGAUUGUGAGUGGGUAACUCAAAAUGGAACUCGUCAACCUGUGGCGUUGUUACAAAUUGCUGACAACAAUGGAAUGUGUUCUUUGAUUAGAUUGUCUAAGUUUAAAACUAUUCCAUCAUCUUUAUCUGACAUUUUGAGCAACUCAAAUAUAAUUAAAGUUGGUGUUGCUAUUUUGGAUGAUGCUCAUUUACUGAUGAAUGAUUACAAUAUCAAUGUAUCUGGAUGCAUUGAUUUGAGAUAUUUAGCUAAAGAAUCUUGUUUAGAAGAAAGAAGUUUGGCAGCUCUUGCAUCUAAAUUGCUGGGAUGUGAAUUAGAUAAGGAUUGGCAUGUUCGAGCUAGUGAUUGGGAAGCUGAAGAAUUAAAUGAUCGCCAAACUGAAUAUGCUGCAUUGGAUGCUUAUGUAGCUGUCAAGAUUUUUGAGCAACUGAGAAAUAAAAAAAUAUCAUGGUGGAACUGGUUAUUUUUAACAGACAAACAAAAAUGGGAUAAGGUUACUGAAAUAUACUCAGAUUAUAAAGAUCUUCCGUAUCAAAAUGUUCGAACUAAUGGAAACACUAAAUAUAAACCAAAAUCUAAUGUUCGCUUAUAUUCAACUUCAACAAUAAAAUCUGCUCAAGUGUAUGAUAAUUGCUUGAUGGAAAAUGUUGAUGGAACUGUAAUGUCAACUUGUAGUCAUAAAAAAGUUGAUUGGUAUAUAUCCCAAGGUUUAGCGGAAUUGGUAAAUAAUGAACCAAAAACUAUAAGACUUAACUUCUCAGCAGACUUAAAAAAUAGAAAAGACAAUUUUUCUGUUCUUCCCCGAGAAAAUAUAUGUACAGUUUGUGGUCGCUCUGAAUAUUUCCGUAAGAAAAGUAUCAUACCAAAAGAAUUUGUUCGACAUAUGCCAACUGUACACAAAACUCAUAUACCUCACGAUACAUUGCUAUUAUGUUAUUGGUGUCAUAUAAAAUCAAAUGCUUUUGAUUUCAUAAUACGUAAAAAACUAUUCAAUAUGUGUCAAAUUAAAGAGCUAAAUCCUAAUGAAUACCAAAAAAUUCCAGCAUAUGUGAAAAUUAUGAGGUCAAAAAGUCUUGCUAAAACUCUUUUAAAAUCUCGACGUUCAUUACCAGAUAAAGUAGCGAAUGAAUUAAGACUAGAAAUUGCAGAAACGUUUAAUAUGAAACCAAAUCGAGUGUUUGAUACAUUUCUUGAAACUUUACUCACUAUCAAAUCCUUAAAGUAUGAAAAUGACUGUCAACAUAACAGUGCAGCAGAAAAAGUAGUAAAACACUUUUUAGAACAAGACGCAAUAAAUGAAUUAAAAGCAAUGUGGCGACAGCAUUUCCUUGACACAAUGAAACCAAAACAUUUACCUCUUCUAUGGUCAGUUAAUUAUGAUGGGUAA